ACGUGACCCAAACACCACCGCGAAUCCUUUGAGUUCAUGUUGGAGAAUCAGACAACAAGAGAAGGAAAGCUCAGUUUAAACCUUUAUAAAUAAUGAGACCUGGGACACGAGAUAAACACAACAGGCCUGUAUCCGCUUUGAUAGUUUCUCCAAAAAAGAAGAGGAAGAAUCUGACGGUCGCUGGAUGAUCGCAAGGGAGCCUAAUCGGUCGCUAUGGAAACUGGGCUAACAAAACUUGUCCAGUCUUUGUGAAACAUUGAAUGAACACGCUGUUAAUGUAAAACUGCUUUUUAGCCUAUAUAUUAAGCAUUUGAGUUAAUAGGUGACUUGAGUUCUUUGCAUUUUGUCAAAUUUGGUCUGCAUUGUAAUUUUAACAACAAAAGUAAAAUACACUAAGUUACUGGCAGUUAACGUUACGUUUAAACAGUAGAGAUGGUUUAGGAUGAGCAUCAUAUUCGCUGGCCUCCGAUAAUCCUAAUAUCCCAUGAGACUAAAUGAAAAGAGGGAGUAAUAUGUCCAAACGGUCACCAACAGCGGGAUCCAAAUGUUCCAAGAGCCUCCAGAGCAAACCGGUGUCCCCGAACGCCAUCAUCUCAUGUUCGGAGACUGAGGAUGGAGGUCGAGAAGAUCCCAGUGAUGAAGACAAAAGACAAUGUAAGGGGACAAGAUACAUCACAGAAGACCUGAUCAGGAGGUUGACUAAAUGUGAAAAUUUAGUCCUUGUGCAGACCCUGAAUUUGUCUACAUCAAUGGCAAGUGACAAACAAUUUAGGUAUAUUGAAAAUUUGGAUAAAUGUGAGCGCUUGCAGGUUCUCAACCUCAGUAACAACAGGAUUGAGCGAAUUGAAAAACUAGAGAAACUGUGUCAACUACGGGAACUAAACCUUUCCAGUAACAGGAUACAAAAAAUUGAAGGUUUAGAGCACAUGAGAAAUCUUCAGGUUAUGAAUUUGGCCUUCAACAACAUUGAACAUCUUCCAGUUUGGAUGGCAAAGAAGCUCAGAACUCUUCAUACUAUAAAUCUACAGAGCAACAAGAUAUUCUCACUUCAUGAGAUAACUAAACUGAAGCCCCUGAAGAACCUGACCUGUCUGACAUUAGCAGAAAACCCUAUCUCCAGCCUGCCCCAUUAUCACCUCUUCCUAAUCUUCCAUCUGAGGUCACUGGAAAUAUUGGAUGGACAACCAAUCAGUCCACAGGAAAGAGAGCAAGCACAUCAGCGCUUCCACAUGGAGGAAGUGGAGCGUUUGGAGCAAGAGCUGGAGUUGCGAGCUGAAGCGAUUGCACAGCUUCAGAGAGAGCGGACCACAGCACUGGAAGAACUACAGCGGCAGGAAACGCUCAAUCAGAACCUGAGGCAACAGCAUCAGGAGCAACAGAGGAGCCGUGAGGAACUCCGGAGAGAACUGGACACCAAAUCUGAUCUGACAAUUUCCUGUUCAGCUCUCUCUUCUUAUUCCAUGCUUUUGUCACCUGUUCUGAAGUCUCAGCCUCCACAUCAAGCUCUUUUGCUGGAUUCUCUCUGUCAGAUGAAGCAGACAACAGUGGAGUUGACCCGGGCCUGUCAGAAACACUAUGAGCUUGAGCAGGAGUUGGCUUUUCACAAAAUUGAUGCAAAGUUUGAACCUCUUCCAUUUUAUCCAGAUCCUGAGGUGGAGGUAGAGAACCUUUCUAGUGAGAGUAAGGAAAGUCCAUACAUAGGAAAGUCUCAUCAGAAAAGGAGCAUCAUGGUCCCAUUGGAGACGGAUAGCAUGGGUGCACAAGACCAGCAUAAGGCCUCCUCAGCAAACCUGACUGAGACAGACGGCCCAGGAGAACAUGACAUGUCCAGACAUGCUCAGCUUAGAGCUGAGGCACGAUUACAGCAGUUACAUGAAGAAAUCGAGACAAAAGAACAGCAGAUCCUUAAAGCCAGUGAAGAGCUCCGGCAGCUAGAGGAGACAGUUUCUGAGAGACGGAUCUGUGAGGCUGAGAAGGAGCAGCUCAGGCAGGAGCUUGAGAGGAGUAUACAGAGGCUGGGAGAGAUGAGAGGAGAGGUGGAGACUAUGGAGAGGCAGCUGGACAGGCUGAAUACUGAGAGGAUUCAAGCCCAGGAUGAAAUGGACCAGCUACAAAAUCUACUGCACAGCUUGGAUCCCAGUGACCCUAGACAUGCCCAUGUCAAUGCUCAGUUGUCCAAGAAGACGCAGCUGCUGGCCAUCAUGAGCAGAAAGCACCAGGAACUGGAGAGCAGGCUGGAUGACAUGAUCACACGCAUCCACAAGGAGACACAAGAGAUCAAAGAAUUAGAGCAACAACUUACUGAUGGUCAGAUCGCUGCUAAUGAAGCACUCAAGCGUGACCUGGAGGGCAUCAUCUCAGGUCUCCAGGAGUAUCUGCAGGGCGUGAAGGACCAAGCACGGAGAGCCCAGUUAGAUUGCAGGCGUCUGCAGAGAGAGAAAGAUGCUCUGCAACGCUUCCUGUGUGAGAAGGAGCUGCAGUGCACACAGCUGGAGAAAGAAGCUCUCAGUGCUAAAAGCGCAAAGGAGGAGCUUCAGUGUCAACAGCAGGUGUUGGAGGAUCUGAGAAAGGAGAAUGAAGAGCUGAAGCAGGCUCAGGGGCAGGUCAGUGAAUAUGAGGCAGAGCUGGAGACGCAGCUGCAGGAGAGAGAUUCUGAGGCCACACAACUGAAGGAGGAGCUGGGCAGACUGCGUCGACUCAGUCAAAUGGAGCACUCUGCACUGCAGGCAGAGUUGCAGAAAGAAAGACAGGCAAAAGAGAAUGCUUUGGCACAGAUGCAGAUGGCUGCCGACAGAGAGCUUGAGAACACAGAGCUCUUGCAACAGGUCAACAUUCUUCAGGAGGAAAGAAACAGUCUUAAGGAGAAGGUGGAUGCUCUUCAGGAUGAUUUGGAACAGGUUAGGGAGGAGCUUCUUUGCCCAGAAAGUGUGACUAAGCAUGUAGGAGAGCUGAGAAGAGGCAUAGCUACAGGACAAGAGGAAUUAAGCUUUGAAGACCUUGGGGAACCAGUGAACAAGAAAUUCAUGGAGCUACAACAGGAGGUGCAUCGUGUGGUAUCUGCUGCUCGGAGAGAUCGAGACGAGGCCCAGCGCUGUCAGGACAGACUUGCUGGAGAGAUGAGUUCGCUCAAAGAGAGACUCAGGAAGUGCCAAGAAAGAUAUCAGGCUCAGGCAGCAGAGAGACAGGGUGAGGAGGCGGAGCUCAAUAGAUUGAGGAAAGAGCUGGAAGAUGCUCAAGAGCAGCAGUACUUGAUGCUGCAGCGUUUAGAGGAGACCGAAAUGGACAGGGACCGUCUUUUUGCUGAAUUAGAAGGACAAGAUAAACAGGUGAAAGAUGAGGAGAGUCAGACUCAGGAGCAGCUAGAAUCUCUCAGUCUGGAGUUGCAGACGCUCAGGAGAUCAUUUUCCUCUGCUGACAGAAUGGCUGCCCAACAAUUGAUGGCAGCGAAGGACAAACUUCACUCUCUUCAUAGCACCAUAGAGAAAAUACAUCAGGAGAGAGCAGCGAAAUCAGAGGAGUUACAGAGCACCAAGAUUCAGGCUGCGCAGGCCAUUCAGGACUUGACUAAUGCUGAAGCAGAAAUUGAUGUUCUCCAGAAGCUUUUGAGAGACAGGGUUCAUGAGACAAACAGUAUUCAGUAUGUUGAAACGAGUAUUCAACAGCAAGAAUUGGACAGAUUAAACCAAACCUUGAAAAGACAACAGGCCCAAACCAAACGUCUCAGAGAUCAACUAGCACAAGCCAAAGCAGCUAACAACGGAGAUCUAGAAGAGCUGCUGGAAGAGAUUGGAGCCCUGAGGGAGACUCUCCUACAGCAGAAUAACUUCCUGUCCAGUUUAGGAGAUCCCCCACCAAACACAGGGUGUUGGCACUAUGUACCAUCCAAUCAAAAUGCCCCUAGUUUUGGAUCUCAGGGCACACAAGACUCAGGACUGGGCUCUGUGCACCCACAGUCCCCUGAGAGAGGCCAGCGGUCCGGCCACAGAGCACACAGAGAGAGAAGACCUCCUGUUAAUAGAGGAUACUGGGUCUAUUCACCCCAUCCAAACCCUCAUGGAAAGAGAGAAUCACAGAUGUUCAGAGACAGUGGAAGAGAGAGUGAUGUAGAGGGCGUGUCUGGAACACGCUUCACGCCUCCAUCAGUCUCUGCUGGAUUUACUCUACCUGAUGGUACUGCUUUUCCUCCUGGAUCAUUUAUCUACAAUCACCCGGUGCCUGGCCUUCCUAUUGGCUCAAGUACAGUCCUCUAUGGGCCGGCCCCUGAUGGAGCCAGGCUGGUGUAUGGACCUCCUCCCGGCAAUCUUUCUAUUCCUCUGGUGCCCAGUGGGAUGCUGCACUGUAACGUUCCUGGACAUCAAGACUUGGAGCUUAAUCUGAAGAAGGCAGAGCGCAGGCUGAGAGAGGAGUGUGCUGAUAGAGCUCACAGUGAGAAAGAACAGCAAGCACUUCAGGACAAAACAACAGACUUACAGCAGGAAAUCAAACAUCUGCGCAGGACUGUCCACACACUGCAGCGCCACACGAGUGGGCUGGAAAGCUCCUUAUCACAUGCAGAGGAGGAGCAGUGUGUCCUGGGAGAGGUGGAGUGUGUGGAGAAAACCCUGCUGAAGCGCAGAGCAGAGCUCAGAGAGGCCGACAGACUGCAUCUAGAGGCUGAGACAGAGCUCAAAGACACUGGAGCCAAGACCAAAGAGAGCGUGAAGCGCUACAAUGAGGCCAGGAGGCGAGUGGAAGAGACAGAACGAGAGCUGGUGGAGAUUGAACAGAGAGCUCAAGAGAGUGCCACACAGCUAGUGCAAACCAAUCAACAGCUCAGGAAUCUUCAAGAGGAGGUCGAGGAGCUGCAGAAAAGAAAAGAGGACCAAGAACACACUCUAUAUGAAGUAGAGGAGGUCCUCGCAUGUCAAGAUGCAAAGUUUCGAGAACUCAACAGAAAGCUGGAAAGAGCAACUGUCAGACUGGAAACUGCUGAGAAAGAGCUCAGAAAGACCCAGAGUCUGGAGGUGACGCUCUUGCAGAGCUGCAGAGAGACAGAAGACUGUCUAACACAACGCAAAACAGAACUGGACAAAGUCAACGCUCAGGUUGUGCUGCAGAAGGAGGAGCUGUCUUUGCUGGACAGGAAGAUGGAGCAGUGGACAAAUGAAGAGGAAGUGAUGAGAAUUAGUGUGGAGAAACACAGGCAGGGCCUGUUGGAUGUGCUCAGACAGGGAGAGGAGGAUGCCCAACUCUUGCACCAGCGCAUUCAGGAGCUCCAUGUGGACGUGCAGUCUCUGGCCGUACAGAAGGGAGAGCUGGACUCUCAGCUGUCCGAGAGGAUAACCAGACUGGCACAGUAUAAGAAAGAGCAGCAGAAGGAGGAGGAAAGCCUGCAGAACAUCCAUUCAGCCAUCAAAAAACAUAAAGCAGAGCUGAAGCAUGUGUUGGAAAUGGUCCAGUUGGAGAGUGGGGAAUUAGAGAGUGUGAAGCUUCAGCGUAAUCAGAAACUGGACCAGCUAGAGAAGAGCCAGGAAACUCUGCUGCAGGUGCAUGUGGAACUGCAGUGUGUGCAGCAGGAGCUACAGGAGCAGCGUGCGGAGGCUGAGAGUCAGAUGAACCUGCUGGAGAAAGAGAGAGCAGAGCUGCACACCAUCCAACAGAAGAGCCUCGACAUGCAGCAGCAAACCGACUCAGCAGUCCAAGAGAGGAGCAGUCUGCAGGAACAGUGCAGAAACCUGGAGGCCAGACGGACACACGCUCAGAGGUGUUUGGAAGCAACAGAGGCGAGGGUGAGGGCAGCAGAAACAGAGCUGCUUAGACUACAGACUGAGCGGGACAAACUACAACAGGACCAGAAACACGCACAAGACCUGCAUCAGGAGAUCAGUAGAGACACGGCAGCCUUGCAGCAGCAUCAUGAGGAGGAGUCGAGCAGAUUGAAGAAACAGCUGGUGGAAUCCCAAACUCAGUUAGAUGAGAUCAGAGAGGAGGUGACAGCUGCAAGGAGGCACCGGGAAGAGCUUGUGAAGCAACAGAAGGAGCAAAAGGCCGAACUGCAGGAGAAAGAGGAGAAGAUCAGGAGGAGACAACAGAAGCUGGACAGACUGGGUCAACAGCUGCAGGAGCUCAAGGAAAAAGUGGUUAUGAAACAGACCCAGCUUGAAGAACAUGAAAAGCUGGUGAGGGUGCAGCAGCAGCAGAGCACUGAUCUGGAGCUGCAGCACAGUCUGAAGCAGAAGAAGUUGCAGUCCCAGCUGCAGGCAGUAGAGAGCGCUCUGGCCCACAGGCUGGAGCAGAUGGAGCAGGCCGCAGCUGCAGAAAUGGACCUGCAGAGGGAGCGCAAACAGUGCACUGCACUACAAGAGCAGGUGGAUAAACUAGAGCAGAAGGUGUGUGAGCGGGACUCCAGACUCCAGCAUGCUGUAGAGGAGACCCAUCACCUGCAGGAGGCUCUACUGUCUAGCAGUACCAGCGCUGAGGGACGUCAGGAAGCCCAAAGCAACUACACCCGCACAAACAGGCAAAAACUGCAGGGAGUGGAAAAGGAGCGUGUACGGCUCCAAAGGGAUCUGCUGACUGUGGAAAAAGCUGCUCAAGAAACCCAUAAACAAGCCAGAACGCUGCAGGAACAGCUCAGAACCAUUUCCCAAGAGCUGCUCUGCCUUAAAGACAAGCUGCAGAGCCAAGAGGAGGGCAACACUCGGCUGUGUUGGAUCAAGGACAGUGUGCGCUCUGUGAGGUCACAGGUGAAAGUGGAGCUUGACAGUGAGCUGAAGGAGCUGGAGUCGCCCUCUAGUGCCUCCUCAGACACAGACAGCAUGAAAGAGAACCAUUUCGGUGUUAAACUAUCUGUGGGGAACCCAGCAUACAACACUAAGGAUGAACAGUGGCGAGGCGAAGCACUGAGGGAGAGACUGAGGCAGCAGGAGGACCACUUGAAGGUUCAACUGCGCAGACGCAUGUUCUCCCAGCAGGAAGCUCUGAGUCAACGCAGACUGCAGACUGAAGGCAGCAUUCAGGGUCUGCGCAGACAUGUUGACAAACUGGACCAGCUCCUCAGCAACUCUUCCAAAGACUCCUAUUAUUUGAGUGACUAGGAAGCUCUGCCAAAACAUCAGAAACAAUACUCCCCUGAGCCUCACUGACAUGAGGAAAUAUUUGCAUAUGCAGAAAAGUAUCCAAGCAAGAUAUAUAAAGAAGGAACUAAUUUCCAUUAUUUGUCAGAUUAUGAAAGCAGGUGGUUACAGAGGAGUAAAGAUCUUAUCAGAGGAGCAGUUAGAUUAAAUCUGCAUCUAACAGAAAGCACAGAGACCAUUGAGCCAGAUCCACGGGACCGCCUCAGUGACUUCCUGCUUCAGUUAGAGCAGAGGCUGGAUGUGCUUCAACCUUUAUGCCAGAAAAAUAAGCUGGCAUCAGCACUUUCCAUACACAAAUAAGGAAACUGAAACUUGAGGUAAAAAUAAGAUGGUGAAAGUUUAUUUUCUACCUCUGAUUUGUUCUUGUUGCUUUAUGAAAUUAUUUUUAACACAAACUUGAUAUGUGCCUUCUCAACGUUUGCUCAUGUUAAAAAAGAAAAUGUCUUGUGAAUAUUUUGAGUGCUUACAGGUGAAACAGAAUCAUGUUUCAUCAUGUGAUGUCAUUGAUGCACUCAUUUUGUUGCAAAAAAAAGAAAAACAGGCUGUGCUCUGGAGUGAAUGUUCAUUUUUACGACUGUUGUCAAAGAUGACCUUGUAUUCAAAGCCAAGAUAUAUUUAUUACAGCACUUCUCUUUAUAUAGUUUGUUUCAAAUCAAAUACAAGUUAAAUUAAGAGUGCAA